GGUUAUUUCAAUGUCAUGCGCUUUUCUGUCACUAGGGAGAGAUGUUUUGAACCCUCACGCGCGCGCGCGCACACAAACACACAUACACAUCUGCUCACACACAGUCCCGUGGAGGCUCUCACUCACUGCAGCAACGUCCCGUCACGGGAUGGAUGAACCGCACGCGUCGCAGCGGCUGAGAAACGGUCCCGCCGCGGGCGCGCACAUGCACGGUCUGUUCACGGACGCGGAGACAGGGCAGGUCACAUACAGUCUGGAUUUGACGGACAGCUGCCUCACGGUCCAAAGGAUCACCUCUUCUCCAUCACCACCGGAGCAUCUGGACCUGCGCGACUGCGCGGGGAGCCGCGCGCACCUAGCCGAGUGCGAGGACGGGAGCGCGUACCUGUGCGCCUAUUUCUACCCGUACCGCUACCGGUGGAUGUGUUCGAGUCCAGUACGACACAGGGACGAGCGGUGCUUUCGUCUCGAUCAAGAGGAUGAUGCGCAAGCGAACCUGCGCGAGGCGGAGCGGUGGGCGCGAGCCAUCCGACAGAACAGCGCGCGCUGUACCGGACACUCAGGCGAUGUGUUGUUUUCUGAGGUACGUCGCUCAUGUGGUGUAAUGGUAUUGGUCAAUCCUCAGAGUGGGCGGGGUCAAGCAAUGGCUCUCUACAACACCCACAUCCAGCGGAUGCUUACAGAGGCAGAUAUACACCAUACACUGGUCAUUACAGAGAGACAGAAUCACGCGAGGGAUCUGGUGCGAAACGCUGACCUCACGCAGUGGGAUGCUUUAGUGAUCCUGUCUGGAGACGGACUGCUCUUUGAGGUGGUGAACGGUCUAAUGGACAGGCCGGAUUGGGAAAAGGCCAUCCAGACUCCUGUGGGAAUUCUGCCGGGAGGUUCAGGAAAUGCGCUCGCUGCAUCCGUUCAUCAUUACACCCAAAAGCCUCAGGUGUGGGGUGAAGAUCUGUUGAUUAGUUGUGGGUUUGUACUCUGUAAGGGUCCGAUCUCCAAGCUGGACCUUAUCUCCAUCCAUCUGUCAUCUGGUGUCCGUCUGUUCUCCUUCCUCUCCAUCGCCUGGGGCUUCAUUGCCGACAUCGACAUAGAAAGCGAGCAGUUCCGUCAAAUCGGAUCUUUGCGCUUCUUCGUGGGCACGCUGGUCCGUCUGGCCUCUUUGCGGGUCUAUCAGGGUAAGCUGUCUUUUCUCCCUGCUAUAGACAAUCCAGAGGCGGAGUCCUUUUCUACCCCAGGUUCCUCGACGGCCUGUGUGUCGCAAGCAAAACGGACACUCAAUAAUCAUACAAGCAACGAGAGGGCCGAACACAAUGACUCUGAAUGUAACUCAGAUAACCGCCUGGUCGACCACCUCCUUGUCCCACUCGACCAGCCCGUCCCACAAACCUGGACGAUUGUAAAGGAGCAAGAUUUUGUCCUGGUCAUAGCCAUGUUUCAGUCGCAUGUGGGUGAGGAUUUCUUGGCUGCUCCCAACGCCCGUACGGAUGAUGGGUUCAUCCACCUGUUUUAUAUAACGGGUGGUAUCUCUCGCCCCACAUUGCUCAGACUCUUUCGGGCCAUGCAGAGCGGCACGCACAUGGACUGCGGAUGCCCUCACCUGGUCUAUCAGCGGGCGAGGGCGUUCAGACUGGAGCCGUUGACCCGGCCGGGUGUGAUCACAGUAGACGGGGAGCAGGUGGAAUAUGGACCCCUACAAGCGCAGGCACAUCGAGGAGUGGCCAGGAUCAUUUCUGAAUGACCUUUGAAUUUAAUGCACAGUUCAAGAAAUGAAAAUGAUAUAAACUGUUUAUAAAUACAGGAGUAACCGUAGAUGAAGCAAUACAGAACAGCACAAACCUUGACAACUUGAAUUUAACAUGUUUGUUUAAUUUAACCUGGAAGUUGUAAUACAUUUUUAUAAGACGACUAUAGGGAAUGUGUAAAAAUACUGUAUGUAUGUUACAAUGCAAAAUUACUGUAACGAUCCUAAAACGUAAUUUUAUAAUACAAAUAUUUUUCCUAGUGGUGAAAUGUGGAUAGGUUUCCUGAGAUUUACUUUUGGUCUUUGAUGUGUGUCGGUAUAAUGUUGGAAAAUUUGCUGCUGUGGAUCAAUCAAAAAAGUGCCAAUGUUGAACAAAAUGAUAUAGUUGUUUAUUUUUCUAUCACAAAGCAACUCGUUUUAUGUUUAUUUUAAUGCAAGACAGCCUUGAUUUCAAUGUUAGAAUAUGUUUCUGUGGGAUGUGUUUGAUGUCAUCAGUCAUGUGUGUUCCUUCAGCAAGAUGCUAAACUACACAAACAGACUCCAGAAGUGACAGUGAAACAUCAUGUGAACAACACAAGUUCAAGUCAAGCAUUAUGUUGCAAUUUCUAAAACAAUUAGCAGACAAUUGUAGUGUAAAUCUAUAUACCCAGAUGUUAAUGCAAAACUUUAUUCAUAUAAAUUCAGAUAUAAUAUAAUAUAAUAUAAAGUUGCUUUGGAUAAAAAUGUCUGCCAAAUGCAUGCAUAUACAAAUGCAUGCAUCUAAAAGGUUUCUAAUGGUUUUGAAUGUCUCGGCCCACUAAUCAUGGUUUGACUUUAAUGCAUGCUGAUCUUUGUAAACCCACUAAACACCGCUGGAUCUCUUGUGUCUUUCCCUUUAGUGUCCAUAAACACACUGUAGAUGAGAGACAACAGCACACACAUAUUCACACACAGCAUUAAGACUUUACUUAGUUCAUUAGCUGCCCAUGUGAAAUAAGUUUUGUAGGUUAUGGUUAAAAUUGUACUAUUAAGAAAUCGAAAUAUUCUGCAUUUAUUUGUCCAUUAAAUAUUUUGGCCCUAACCAGCCCCCCCACUCAAAUUAGUGUGAAAUAGUAGUUUGUUAGAUUUACGAUUGGGUUAGGGGCUUUUAAAAAAUAUUCUCAAUCUGUUAAUUUCUCCAGAAAACAGCAUGAGGCGCACUUGAAAUAUUACAUUUAUUUCAGACAGAAAUCUUUUGGAUUUGUUUAUUGAGAAAUUGGGACAAAUAAUAGACACACUGUAAAAAAUUCAGUCGAAAUUACAGUGUUACUUGUAGCU